ACGCAUGAGUGGGUUUCAAACGUCUCGGUGGUGGUAAAGGACGCCGAGUGAACCCGACCAGUCAGUUCCUGAUUGCCCCCUUCCAACACACACACACGACAACGAUGGCCUCCCGCAAAGCUACGACGUUCGCCCAAGCUUGGCUCCGCGACACCGCCGCGUACCCGAUCAUUGCCGUCAUCGGUGGUGCCCUCUGCUUGACCGCGUUCAGCAGCGCCCGGUACCUUGCCGCGUCGCCUGAAGUGCACUUCAACAAGGCCAACCGCGGCAACCCUGUGAUCAGCGAAGAAAACGUCAAGGGCUGGAACAGCCACCGCAAGGGCAUCCGCAACUGGUCGGAGAACAAGAUCAACCAACACCAGAAGGAAAAGGGUCUCCAAGGCUUCUAAGCGUAGUGCUCUCCUCCCCUUGCAUGUAUCGAGUAAACCCGACAAAUCCAACAAUAAUGUGAAUUUACAACGCGUGUGUUGACCCG